UGGGAACCUCCGAUUCAACUGUUUGAUUGUUCCUCUGAAUAUUUGGUUCAUUGUCCCGUGGAUUACAGUCUGGUUCAAAACCCUUUCUCAAAGAAGGUCGACAACUUGGAUCCCGAAGACGAGACGAAAUUAUGGCAGAGUUUAGGUAUCGUGCGAUUGAUGGAAGAGCCCAAUUCGUCGGAGACGGCAGUGGUUGGGGACAAUGGAGUUGAAAAUCCGAUCUACUCUACUUCUGUACCCGCUUUGCAUUCAAAACGAGAAAUCAAACGGAUCCGUCGUGAAGAUCGUGAAGACCUGGAAGUGAUCCGAAUGCGUCGUGCCUUGUCCACUGAAACUCACGUUCGUCGGUCGGACACAAAAGCCAAAUACUUUCAGAAAGGUGUUGUUGUUGACGACCCGGGCAGUUUUUACGAUCGGUUACCCAGAAAACAGCGGGGCAAAACGAUUGUGGACGAGUUACUCGCGAAUGCAGAACUUAUGCGACAACAGCGUAGAAGAUACUCCAAGAUCGAACGUGAAAACGCUGAAAAGCGAUCCGCGAUUCGACGUCGGAAGCAGCAACUGCUCAAAAAGCUCAAGGAGAAGGGUGGCAAAAGACAGCGAACAGUUGUUGUCCCCACUUAA